CGCGCGGGGCACGCCGGGAAGAUGGAGAACUUCUCGGCGCUGUUCGGCGGGGCCGAGCCGCCGCCCGCCGCCGCCGCCGCCGCCGCCCUGGGCUUCGGGCCCGCCAAGGCGCCGGGCGCCGGGGCCGCGCCGCCCCCCGCCGCCGCCGCCGCGCCGCCGCCGGGCGAGGACGCGGCCCGCAAGGCCGCCGCCGGCCCCUUCUACCUGCUUCGGGAGCUGCCAGGCACCACGGAGCUGACGGGCAGCACCAACCUGAUCACGCACUACAACCUGGAGCACGCCUACAACAAGUUCUGCGGCAAGAAGGUGAAGGAGAAGCUCAGCAACUUCCUCCCCGACCUGCCCGGCAUGAUCGACCUGCCCGGCUCCCACGACAACAGCAGCCUGCGCUCCCUCAUCGAGAAGCCCCCCAUCUGCGGCAGCUCCUUCACCCCCCUCACCGGCACCAUGCUGACGGGCUUCCGCCUCCAUGCUGGCCCGCUGCCCGAGCAGUGCCGGCUGAUGCACAUCCAGCCGCCCAAGAAGAAGAACAAGCACAAGCACAAGCAGAGCCGCACCCAGGAUCCUGUCCCCCCAGAAACCCCCUCGGACUCCGACCACAAGAAGAAAAAGAAGAAAAAAGAGGAGGAUCCAGAACGGAAGAGGAAAAAGAAAGAGAAGAAGAAAAAGAAGAACCGGCACAGCCCGGAGCACCCGGGGGUGGGCAGCUCCCAGGCCAGCAGCAGCAGCAGCUUGCGGUGAGGCCGCACCGGCACCACCCCGGGGAUCCCCCAGCCGACCGGAACGGCCCUGACUGACCUGGGAGGGACUCGUCCCUCCCGCAGUGCUCGGCAGGGGGGCUCGGGCUGGCCUGUUCCCCCCCACCCCCACCUCCGGCAGAGAGGACACCCCCGCAGCCCCCCACUUGCGUUGUGCAGCCAGCCGGGACCAGGGGACACGGACUCUGCUGGCACUGGGGUUGCCGACCUUGGCCUUUUUUACCAAAACAACCUGGUGCAUUGGGGGGGGUCUCUCUUUUUUAGUCACCUUUUAAUUAAAGUCUCUGCUCUGA